AUGCCUUCGGUUGACCGAGACAUUGAAAAUGUGCCCAUCAACACACCGCCACCAUAUAUGGACCCAGCGAAUGCAAUUGCGAAGAAGAAAAUGUCCCGAAUCCGCAAGGAAUCAAUGAGUCACAUGAAGCCGUGUGAGCAUUGCGGAGCUCCACCAGCAGCUCAAUUGGCAAAUCAGCCACAUGAGAAAGUUCUUAUCUGGCCAGCGGCUCGACCCGUCAACCACAUCCAUCAGGAUUCGCGUCAAUUCAUCUGCUACGUUUUUAUCAUCGCCUUUGUCAUUUUCUUGCUUUUCGCUGCCUGCAAAUAUCUGCCAUGA